ACUUAUUUCAGAAAACUAUGAAUUUAACGUUACCAGAAUGGUGUACCGAUGAAGUGUACCGGAAGAUGCAGGAUCUAAUGGUGCUAGAGUACGAAAUCCGUUCAUAUACAACCAAGUUAAAACGAUUGAACGGCGGUAUGUUGAUCAAAAAGUUCAUCGACAAUAUGAACGCGAAGAGCGAAGAUACGAUUCCGCGCAAAAUGUACGUGUACAGCGGCCACGAAGUGAAUCUUGCGGCAUUCGCUAGAGCACAUAAUAUCAGCGAGCCGAGAAUACCUGGUUAUGGAUCAAUGUUUAUAUUCGAAAAGUUGCGGGACGAGGAAAACAAUUUUUACAUCAGAAUUAUUCUGUGGACCGGUUCUACGGAAAAAUUGAUGACUAUCAAGCUGGCAGGCUGCGACGAAAUAUGCCCUUUGAAAAUAUAUUUGGAGCUUGUUCGUGAAAUAAUACCUUUAGACGUGGAGGUAACUUGUUUGUGGGACAAUAUAACCAGAGAAGAAAUGCUGGAACUCUUUGCAGAAAAAUUAUAUCAAAAUUGAUAAAACUUUAUG